CCUCCUUUAUAUAUCGAAUCAUAGAUAAAAGAAAGAACUUUGAGCGUCAACGGUUUCUUCAGCUUUCUGGAGAAACAAGCACAACAUAUCCACAACAAAAGCCAAUUAUCUUCGGUCGUCAACAAUUCUCCAAUCCCCACUUUCCCAACUCAAUUCCGAUCCCAUUUCUCAACUCCCCACAUCUCCCGCUCAGAUUCACUCCAAUUCAGAUCCGGCGAGCCGCCAUUUCUCAAUCCCCAACCCCCAUAACCUCGGAUUCAAUCCGGAACCCAAAACCCAGAAAUCCUCCGCCUCUCCCGGCGUCUCCGCCAUGGCUGAGCCGUCUCUCAAAGCCGUGACGCUGACCCACGUCCGGUACCAGAGAGGCGACCCACUGGGUCACUUCCUCGCUUGGAUUUCCCUAAUCCCAGUAUUCAUCAGCCUCGGCGGCUUCGUCUGCCACUUCUUCUUCCGUCGUGAGCUCCAAGGCAUGUUCUUUGCCGUCGGCCUCUUAAUCUCCCAGGUCAUCAACGAACUCAUCAAGGAUUUCUUCCAGCAAGCUCGGCCGGAAACCUGCGCCCUGCUCGAGAUGUGCGACUCACACGGAUGGCCCUCGAGUCACUCGCAGUACAUGUUCUUCUUUGCCACCUACUUUACUCUUCUGACUUACAAAGGGAUUGGGCUCUCGGACACGACGAACAAGUGGGCUGUGAUUUUUCCGCCAUGGGUUUUAGCUCUGCUGACCAUGUAUUCGAGGGUUUAUUUGGGUUACCACACGGUAGCUCAGGUGUUCGCGGGCUCGGCCCUCGGAGUUUUUCUGGGGGCGGUGUGGUUCUGGGUUGUGAAUUCUGUGCUUUACCCGAGCUUUCCGAUGAUCGAAGAGAGCUGGUUUGGGAGGUAUUUUUAUAUUAAGGACACUUCUCACAUACCCAAUGUGUUGAAGUUUGAGUAUGAUAAUGCGCGAGAGGCGAGGGGCAAACUGGCUGCCAAGAGUAUCUGAUUGAUGAAAGCGCAUUCGGGUAGGUUGCUCAAGAUUUCCAUCCAAUUAUUUGGACUUUGCUUGUAUGGACGAGAUAUUAUUCGCUUGGUAUCGCUCAAUUCGAAAAAUAAUUAUACUUGGUAUCGCUCAAUUCUAAAAAUAAUUAUACUAGAAGCCAGUUGGACGGAUCGUAUUUACACUGCUCUUCUGUAAUAGGAAAGUUUGAGAUUAUUAAUUACUUUAUAUUGACAAUUGUUUACAUGUUUGUUCAGCACACAUAUUCAAUAUAAUUUUGCGUAAAUUGCCAAGCACACUUUUCCAA